AUUGCAUUGCUACUUCUAGAACCCUCUUUUUCUUCUAGUUUUCUCCUUAAACCCCUCUCAAUACAUUUUUUUAUCCCCAAGGGUUUUUACAUUAUCUUUCUCACUCGAGCCUCUCUUUACCUACCUAAACUAUACACACAACAUUAUCUGUAUCUAUAUUUCCCUUCUGGGUAUUCUUGAAGGACUCAAAUUGAUGGCUCCUGUGCUUAGUAGAAGCCUUGUUUCAUCUCCUAUUGCUUCACUGCCUUCAUUUUCAGUGAAGAGUGGGGCUAAUAAAGUGGUGAGUUUGAGGAGUGCUUUCUUGCCUCAAAGGGGGUUCAAGAAUGGGUUUUCUUGUGGGGGGCUGAAGUGGAAAUUGGAGAGGAGGGAGAGUGGAGUUGUGGUGAGGUGUGAGGCUGCUGUGGCUGAGAAAGAAGCUUCUGAGACUUCUGAGGGGGAGACCCAUGAGUAUCAAGCUGAGGUGACUCGUCUGCUGGAUUUGAUAGUUCACAGUCUAUACAGCAACAAAGAGAUUUUUCUGAGGGAGCUUGUUAGUAAUGCAAGUGAUGCUCUAGAUAAGUUGAGGUUCUUAAGUGUGACUGAGCCUUCUUUACUUGGGGAUGCUGGUGAACUAGAAAUCCGUAUUCGACCUGACCCGGACAAUGGGACCAUCACUAUCACAGACACUGGUAUUGGAAUGACCAAAGAGGAGCUUAUAGAUUGUUUGGGAACUAUUGCUCAGAGUGGUACUUCAAAAUUCUUAGCUGCUCUCAAGGAAAACAAGGACAAGGAUGUUGGAGCCGAUAAUGCUUUGAUUGGUCAAUUUGGUGUUGGUUUUUACUCAGCAUUUUUGGUCGCUGAGAAGGUAGUUGUCUCCACUAAGAGCCCGAAGUCCGAUAAGCAGUACAUUUGGGAAGCAGCAGCAGAAAGUAGUAAAUACGUGAUUAAGGAAGAAACAGAUCCUGAAAAAAUGCUGCGUCGGGGAACCCAAAUCACGCUUUAUUUGAGGUCAGAUGACAAGUAUGAAUACACGGAACCAACCAAGAUACAGAAUCUGGUGAAAAACUACUCGCAAUUUGUUUCCUUCCCCAUCUACACAUGGCAAGAAAAGUCAAGGACUAUAGAGGUAGAAGAGGAGGAGGAACCAAAAGAGGGCGAAGAAGCAAAACCAGAGGAAGAGAAAAAGAAGAUUAAAAAGACCAAAACCGAGAAAUACUGGGACUGGGAAUUGGCCAAUGAAACAAAACCUAUAUGGAUGAGGAGCCCAAAGGAAGUUGAGAAGGAGCAAUACCAAGAAUUUUACAAAAAGACCUUCAGUGAGUUUUUAGAUCCACUCGCAUACACUCAUUUUACAACAGAGGGUGAAGUGGAGUUUAGAAGUGUGCUUUAUAUCCCUGGAAUGGCACCCAUGAACAAUGAAGAUAUUACAAAUCCUAAAACAAAAAAUAUACGUCUCUACGUGAAGCGUGUAUUUAUCUCGGAUGAUUUUGAUGGCGAGUUGUUCCCAAGAUACUUGAGCUUUGUUAAGGGUGUGGUGGAUUCAAAUGACCUCCCUCUUAAUGUUUCACGAGAAAUCCUCCAAGAAAGUCGAAUUGUAAGAAUUAUGAGAAAGAGGCUAGUUAGGAAAGCGUUUGACAUGAUGCAAGAUCUUGCCGACAAAGAGGAUAAAGAGGAUUACAAAAAAUUCUGGGAGAAUUUUGGUAAAUUUGUGAAGCUAGGAUGCAUCGAGGACUCUGGCAACCACAAACGAAUAACACCCCUACUUCGGUUUAUUUCAUCUAAAAGUGAAGAGGAUUUGAUAAGCUUGGAUGAUUAUGUUGAGAACAUGGGUGAGAACCAAAAGGCAAUAUAUUAUUUGGCAACAGACAGCCUGAAAAGUGCCAAGAAUGCCCCUUUCUUAGAGAAGCUGGUCCAGAAGGACAUUGAGGUACUUUAUCUAGUUGAACCUAUUGAUGAAGUUGCUAUCCAAAAUCUACAAACAUACAAGGAAAAGAAAUUUGUUGAUAUCAGCAAGGAAGACUUGGAGCUUGGUGAUGAGGAUGAAGUCAAAGAAAGGGAAACUAAGCAGGAGUAUAAUGUUCUUUGUGACUGGAUAAAGCAACAACUUGGUGACAAAGUAGCUAAAGUCCAAGUCUCAAAUCGCCUAAGCUCCUCACCAUGUGUUUUGGUUUCUGGAAAGUUUGGCUGGUCUGCAAAUAUGGAAAGGCUGAUGAAGGCGCAGACUCUUGGGGACACUUCCAGCUUGGAGUUCAUGAGGGGAAGAAGGAUAUUGGAAGUUAAUCCUGAUCAUCCCAUCAUCAAGGACCUAAAUGCUGCAUGUAAGAAUUCACCUGAUAGCACUGAAGCCAUCAGAGCCGUUGACCUUCUAUAUGAUACAGCACUGAUCUCCAGCGGAUUCUCUCCCGACAGUCCGGCUGAAUUGGGAAACAAGAUUUACGAGAUGAUGGCCAUAGCCCUUGGAGGAAGGUGGGGCAGAUUGGAAGAUGAAGCAGAAGCAGUCUCUGAAGAUACUUCUACAGGAUCAGAUGGCAGCUCUGUUGAUACCGCUGAAACUGAAGUUGUGGAACCAUCAGAAGUUAGAGCUGAGGCUGAUCCAUGGAGUUCUUAGAUUUAAGCUGAGGCUGACCCUAAAAAGAAAUAACAUAUAUUUGGGGUGCAGCAGCAGGAUUCUAAGGAAGUAACAUUUUUGCUGAUUUAUUCCCUGUAGUUUCUAAACUUUGUAUUAUUGCGGAAUUUAUUUAUAUACCUAUGGUCUACAACGA